CAGCCUCGAGCUUCCAGAGAGUGGAGCUCAGGACACCGACACGUUUCCCUCGUCAGUUGUUCACGCUCGUCAUCAUUCGUAGGCUCGACUCCGUUCGCAGGCGCGACGGCCCGCUGCACUUCUCCUCGGUUGCACUUAGCUGCACACGCUCCGCACUCCGUUCCGACACGCCGAGCGCGCACGCACAGGCGGAUCGACCCACGUACACGAGCCCGAGGAACGGACCCAGGACCUAGGAGGAUAAAGAGAGAGUGAGAGAUCAGCUGUUCCCUCGCGACGUACGCCGUUUUGAAAGAAAAACAAGAUGAGGGAGAUCGUGCAUCUGCAGGCAGGACAAUGCGGCAACCAGAUCGGUGCGAAGUUCUGGGAAGUUAUUUCCGAGGAGCACGGCAUCGACCAGUCGGGCAUUUAUCAUGGAGACAGCGAUCUGCAGCUCGAGCGAAUCUCCGUAUAUUACAAUGAAGCAUCUGUCGCGACAUCCACGAACGGGGGAAAAUAUGUGCCGCGCGCAAUCUUACUGGACUUGGAGCCCGGAACGAUGGACGCCGUUCGUUCCGGCGCUUACGGGAAACUCUUUCGACCGGACAACUUCGUGUUCGGGCAAUCCGGUGCUGGCAAUAACUGGGCGAAGGGUCAUUACACCGAGGGCGCCGAGUUGGUAGAUUCCGUUCUCGACGUGGUGAGGAAGGAGUGCGAGAACUGCGACUGCCUUCAGGGUUUCCAGCUAACUCACUCUCUAGGAGGUGGUACUGGGUCUGGGAUGGGCACCUUGCUGAUCUCUAAGAUUCGUGAGGAAUAUCCUGACCGAAUCAUGAAUACUUACUCGGUGAUGCCGUCACCCAAAGUGUCCGACACAGUGGUGGAACCCUACAAUGCAACGCUGUCGGUGCAUCAAUUAGUGGAGAACACUGAUGAAACCUAUUGCAUCGAUAACGAGGCCUUAUAUGACAUCUGUUUCCGCACAUUGAAGGUUUCCAAUCCGAGCUACGGCGAUCUCAAUCACCUGGUCUCGCUCACUAUGUCCGGAGUAACCACUUGCCUCAGGUUCCCCGGCCAGCUGAACGCCGACUUACGGAAGCUCGCAGUGAACAUGGUGCCUUUCCCACGUCUGCACUUCUUUAUGCCAGGUUUCGCGCCUCUUACGUCCAGGUCCAUGCAACAGUACUCUGCACUUUCCGUGCCGGAGCUCACUCAGCAAAUGUUCGACGCGAAAAAUAUGAUGGCGGCCUGCGAUCCUCGCCAUGGCCGGUAUCUCACUGUGGCGGCGGUCUUCCGCGGUAGGAUGUCCAUGAAGGAGGUCGACGAGCAAAUGCUGAGCGUGCAAAACAAGAACAGCUCGUAUUUCGUCGAGUGGAUACCGAACAACGUGAAGACGGCGGUCUGCGACAUCCCGCCGAAGGGGCUGAAAAUGUCGUCGACUUUCAUCGGCAACACCACCGCUAUUCAGGAGCUGUUCAAGAGGAUCUCCGAACAGUUCACGGCGAUGUUCAGGAGGAAGGCCUUCCUGCAUUGGUAUACCGGUGAAGGUAUGGACGAGAUGGAAUUCACCGAGGCAGAAUCGAACAUGAAUGAUUUGGUGUCCGAAUACCAGCAAUAUCAGGAAGCCACGGCGGAGGAGGACUUCGAAACGGAGGAGUGCGCCGACGAUUUCGAGACCUGCGAGCAAGAAUGAGGUGACUGAAGUCAACGCGACGUUUCCUUCUUCUGGGUUUACCUUCAGCUUCUCUGUCCGUCAUCGUAAGAUCCCACGAUCGACCGUGUGCUCUCGAGGAGCAGUCUUUUGAUACUUUUAUAUACGAUGCACUUUGUAAUCGAGGCGACGAAUGUAAUAUAGGCGAUCGAGAUCACUUUCUAACGAAUUGUGAUACUGAAGUGUUUUGGUAAAGAAUAUAUUUAGGAAGAGAGAGAGAGAGAGAGAGAGAGAGAGAGAGAGAGAGAGAGAGAGAGAGACGAACAUUUGACAGCAAUUGCAACAAUUGCGAAUGACAACAUGAAGUACAUAAUUAAAAUGUGGCGAGACUUCCGUCUCUCGUUGACCUCAGAUAUGCUUAUAUUACAUUCGGCUUCACUAGUGAUAAUUAUAUGAAUCUUGAUAUGUCACUUGGAUGAAUGUGGCAUGGAAUGGAUUGCAAUAAAAAUUCUUGAAAAAUCA